AUGGGUUGUUUCAAAUUUUUGAAGAUAACGAUGUUCUGCUUCAAUGGCCUCAUCUUUCUUGCAGGUGCUGCUAUAUUGGGAGUUGGAAUCUGGGUGAAAGUGGAUGGUGGAUCCUUCAUUGAUAUCCUGUCAAAAGCGGCGCCACAACUGAAGCAAAUAGUGAAUGUGGGGUAUCUCUGCAUCGCUAUAGGGAGCUUCUUAGUAGUAAUUGGGUUCCUGGGAUGCUACGGAACAGUGAAGGAAAACAAGUGCAUGCUGAUGAUAUUUUUCAUCAUAAUACUGCUGAUCUUCAUCGCUCAGGUUGUGGGUGCUGUGGUUAUCCUUGCAUUUUCUGGCUUGGCUGACAUUUUUAUUGGUUACGUUCAAGUCUGGGCAGUGGAAUCAAUCAAAAACGAUUAUGGCAAAAUAUCAGACAUAACCACAAUAUGGGAUUCAGUAAUGAAAGAGUUCAAGUGUUGUGGGUUCAAUAGCUACAACGAUUUUACAAACUCUUCUUCCCAUUACUUAACAUCAAAGUAUCCUAAGGAAUGCUGCACCACUUCAUAUGCUUGCCCACUUAGUGGUGUUAACAAGUCUAUACCGGGUUGCUACGUGACACUUCUCAUCUUUCUGAAGAGACACACCAAGAUUCUUGGUAUCGUGGCUUUGGGAAUUGCUGUACUAGAGAUAGGGGCGAUGGCAGCGUCCAUGAUAAUGUACUAUUAUAUCAGAAAACAGGAAAAGACCGUAUGAAUAUGGAGCACGAAUGAUAUAUUUGCU